UGGGUUCCAAUUAAAUUGAGGAUUUCCAAAAAGAAAAAGUCGAAGUAUAUAUUUAGCUUUCUUUCAGAAAGAAUAGUAAUAGCAGAUUGUGAUUGAAUAUGGUGAAUGAGGAAAAUGCACAAAUGCAGAGCUCCGAAAACGAAGAAGAUAAUAAGAAUGUUUUAGAGUUAAUGGAUUCGACGGACAGCUAUCUCCUUCUUAUGAAUUCUCUCUCUUCAUCACUUCGCCAGGGAUGGCUGGAGCUGGCAAGUGCUCGGCAUUCUAUGGGUGCUUCACGUAUCAGUAGUGCAUUGUUCGAUCUCAAAUCUCAUUCUGCUGCCACUACAUUGCAAUUAAAUCAUCAGGAUGCUGGGCCUGAAUCAGAGAAAUUGCAUAUCAGUUUGUGCAAGUGGGCGGCAUUGUCUGAGAGUCCAAAAAGCUGUUCCGAGGAAGCAAAAUUUGAGGAGGAUAAACCGUUAGAGAAGAAAUCCGAUAGCCUAAAGGUUCUGAAUCAGGAUGGUUCUCCAAAUUCUGAAGUUCAGGAAGAAGCGGCAGAAACUACUGAAUCACCACGCACACUUGAGGAUCAAGCUCGAAAAGAACGAGUCAAGUCAUUAUCCAUGUUUGGGAUGCUGGUCUCUCCAAAGCUUCGAGCUGCCCAAUCAUCAUUUGAGACUGCUCUGGAAACUCUAGUAGAAGUAGCAAAUAAACGGGCAGACCUGCUUAAUGCUUAUGACCAGAGAAAUAAUCAGUAAUGGGUGCAAGUUAAGUUCAAGUUCACGUUAUUCUUGUUGUAUUCUGGUAAGAUAACAUGUUUUCUUAUGUUCCUUUACCAGACCCUGUGUCUGGACAUCUCGCCUCCAGACCUUGCUCGGUAGCCUGCCUCCUUCACCAAGGAGAAUAAAUCAAAUAAAAGCAAACGGCCCCCCUCCGAAAAGGGAAACAAAAG